CCUACAAACACCCAGUGCUGUGAGUGUCAACUACUGCCGCUCCCUGACAUCAUCCAUUAUUAUAUACGUCCCGUCGAAAGGAGGGGAAGGCUUCCUAGAACCUCCCUAUCCCCUUAAAAGGGGGAAAGGGCGAAAGACGGGUUUGGGCCUAAACACAGAAAAAGUUCUCCUCCACAAUGAUUUUCAGGAGUUGGGGAUCAGUAGUAGUCUGCCUCGUGGUCCUUCGUCACAUCCUGAGGACAGAGGGAGUUCCUGAGUACAUCCACGAAGGAGACUGUUUGCUAGAGCAAUACAUGAGAAAAACGCAUAUCCUCAGCACAACAGAAGACAAACUGAACCUCAUCAUCGCCAAAAGUAACUCAGAAUCUUUCUACAUCAGUGUGCAAAAUCAGCUAAUCAACCUAACAGACAACCUCCGAAAGACCUUUCCCUCUGGGCUGGUUCCAUACGAACUGGAAUUCUUGGAAAAAGGCCUGACUCUGGUUUCACUGGAUCAGGAAUACCAUUGGAACUGGACAUCAGAUGUCUCUUUGGCGGAGAACAAGGAAAUACACGCUAAGAAUGUUUAUGUGGCCAAAAACUGCAGUCAGGAUCUACCUUACCAAAAACUCGCAAAGGAUGCAUUAGAAGUUGUGUUUCCACUUUCUCAGGACAGAGAACAGAGAUUCAAGAUGUUUUUGGUAAAAAAAACAACUGUCCAAUUUUACUUCGGUGAUGCUGGCCAAGAAUUCCAUCUACAUCUGUGCUGGGACCAGAAGGAGAGGAAGGCUCUCAUUCAAAACGUAACGGACGAGAACUGUAAUGCCCUACCAAUUGUGUCGCCUGUGGGACUGAAUUUUUUCCUGAAUUCCAGCUCCCAUAAAGUGAAGGUCACCAACAUGAACACGUCCUCUUUUGACUACAGCAUCCCGAGGGUGACUUUUGUCCGUGGGAAUAACGAGGGAGAAGUUUAUAUUGUCCAGUGUCUCAAGGAAUGCCCGAAAGAAGACUAUACAUGUGAUGAGUUUUUGGAAGGUACACCCACUGAGCUGCUCAUCUCACUGAUUGUCAUAUUGAGCAUCGCCAACAUCGCAGGUGUGAGUGUCAUCAUCUACCAGUGUAAGAGGCAGCGUGGUGCUAGAGGGGCUCAAGUACAUCGAGACAGAGAAACCACCACACAUGGAGCCAACAGCUUCCCUCUGCUUGCAAGAAUAAUAACUCUUACAAGAGGAAUUUAAUCUGCUCGGGACAAAAUUUCCAUCUCGAAGAACAAGAACAAAAUGGUAUCGGCACUGUCACUGCCAACAGAGAAUUCAUCCACACACCCCAUUUGUCAUCUUCUUUACAGGAUUUUUGAAGACGUCCUCAGAAUUAGGUCUCAGCUGCAUAUUAGGGAAAGUAUCCUUCUUUAUUGCUGUAGGGCAUGGGCAUUUGGAAUUCGCUUGUAGUAUACCUCUCUGGUGUUUUUAUCUUUGUGAUUCAUCUUUAGAUUGUUCCUUUGGAUUUUAUUUGUGUACCCCUUUGCAUUUUUCAUGUUUGGGGCCUCUUCCAUCUGCCCCUAUGGAUUUUAUUUGCACAACCCUGCAGUAUUUUUAUGUUUUUAUGGGUCCACUUUUACCAAAUUCUUUGAAUUAUUUUUAUGUACUUAUGUACCCUUCUUGCAUAUGUGCAUCCAUUUAUACUUGAUAAUAUUAAUGUUGCCUGUAUACUCCUGUGGUACAGUAUUUCUGAAUUUGUGGGUCCUCUUUCAUUGAUUUUUUGGUUUUGAUUGUAUUUCCCAGCAAGAUUUCAGAAUAAUAAGUUUGCUGAAAUUUGCCAAGUUGGGCAUGUAACAUAAUGAUACCUUUAUUUAGUGACCUGAAAAAUGUGUAACAAUAGCAUUAUCCACACAAACUGUUUGUCAUAAGUACUGGCUGUUUUAGCAUGCAUAAUGAAGCACUUAUUAAUGGUGAAUAAAAAGGUUUGCAAGUGAAAA